AUGUCAGUUAGUAGAUUAGUUAUACGUGAGGAGACUGAGGAGGCAUCCUACAAGAACAACAUCACAGUCAUUUACCUUCUGGGGUUCCAUGACAUGGACAGAUUUAAUGUAUUGCUCUUCAUCUUGCUGCUCAUCAUUUACUGUGUGACAAUAUUAGGCAACUCCUUGAUCAUCACACUGGUGUCCUACAGCAAGAACCUCCACUCUCCCAUGUACUUUUUCCUCUCCCAGCUCUCCAUAGCUGACAUAUUUUUGUCCUCAGAUAUUUCCCCCGUCAUGCUAAAUAUUGCACUACAUCAACGGGCCUCCAUGUCUUUUCCUGGAUGCAUAACUCAGCUUUAUUUUUUCAUUUUAAACGAGGGCUCUGAAUGUUUUCUUCUGACGAUGAUGUCCUAUGACCGCUACCUAGCCAUUUGUUCUCCGCUGUAUUAUUCCUCCAUUAUGAACCACGUGCUGUGCAUUAGGUUAGUUGUUACAUCUUGGACCUUAGGAUGCUUUGUUGCACUGAUUCUGACACUUGCAAUAAAUCAGCUAUAUUUCUGCAGGUCAAAUAUGAUUGACCAUUUUUUCUGUGAUUUUUACCCUGUGAUGGAACUUUCUUGCUCAGAUGUGUCCAUGGCAGAAAUGGAAGCCACCUUACUGUGCAUUCUUGUAAUUGUCUUACCGUUCUUCAUUAUAGUAAUUUCAUAUGUGUGUAUUGUGUUAACCAUAUUAAAGAUACCCUCCUCUACUGGAAAACUUAAAUCCUUUUCAACUUGUAGCUCCCACCUGACAGUGGUGUCUAUCUUUUAUGGGACUUUGAUCGCCACGUACAUAAUUCCAAAUGAAGGGCACACGAAGAUCCUCAGUAAGACUUUGUCAUUGCUAUACACUGUAUUGACUCCCUUACUAAAUCCUUUCAUAUACAGUUUGAGGAAUGAAGACAUUAAGGAAGCUUUGAGAAAAGUCAUAUAUAACCAAAAUGCUUAUUAA